CACUUACUUUCUUGUCUCCAUUUAUUAUCGCAGUUGCUCACUUUAAUAUAAAAAAUGAUUUUCCAUUAUAUCACCAUUAUUAUUAUUUAACUAUUUUCUGAAAAAGAAAACAAGUGCUCUUCAAAUUUAGCCAUCCCUUCUUUCUUUCUUUCUGAUCUAACGUCUCAACCACACACACAUGCAAUUCAAUUCAAUUCAACGCAUGAAUGAAAAUGUACAAUGAAUGAGAUGAGUAGAACGAAAUUGAAACCCAACUGUUGAAUGAGAAAUUGAAACCCUGUUUAUGAUUGAAUUGAAGGGAUCUAUCUGCACAUUUCUGGAUCUGAAAUCAAAUGCAUGGGUACAGCCGCCUAGGAAGGAGCAAGGGCAGCGGCGGCGUUGGUGGCGGUGGAAGCUCCUCCUUUACCUCAUCAUCAUGGUCGAAAUUUGUAUUUGUUGUUAUGUCAGCAAUUUUGAGAAGGCGAGGGUUGCUUCUAUUUGCGCCUUUAUUGUAUAUUUCAGGGAUGUUGUUGUAUAUGGGUUCAUUAAGCUUCGAUGUUGUUCUUGUUCAUAAACACCGUCACCGUCCUCCUCCUCCCGGUUCUCUUUAUACAAGUCCUCAACUCUUUCAUAACCUUUGGCCUUUCAUGGAAACUGACAAUUCAACUUCUCUCAACGUUUUGAUGAAAGCUUGGAAUGUGAAAGAGGAUAGACACUGGAAGCCUUGUGCAAACAAAACACUUUCUCAAAUAGAAUUGCCCAAGUCGAACGGGUACCUUAUAAUUGAAGCAAAUGGUGGACUAAAUCAGCAACGCUUGUCGAUAUGUGAUGCCGUUGCUGUGGCUGGAUUACUAAAUGCAACUCUUGUUAUUCCAAUAUUUCACUUAAAUAGUGUAUGGAGGGACUCAAGCCAUUUCGGUGACAUUUUCGACGAAAAUUUCUUCAUACAAUCACUUGAAAAACAUGUGCAUGUGGUAAGAGAACUUCCAGCUGACAUACUUCAACAGUUUGACAAUAACAUAAGUAACAUUGUCAAUCUUAGAGUAAAAGCCUGGUCUAGUCCAGCUCACUAUCUACAGAAGGUCCUUCCCCAUCUUUUGGAAAUGAGAGCUGUUCGUAUUGCACCAUUCUCCAACAGAUUAGCUCAGUCAGUACCCUCUAAAAUCCAAGGGCUUAGGUGCUUUUCCAAUUUUGGAGCUCUUAGAUUUUCAGAACCUAUAAGAACACUUGCAGAAAGCAUGGUUGAUCGGAUGGUUAAACAUAGUUCCCAAAGUGGUGGGAAAUAUGUUUCAGUGCAUCUUCGCUUUGAGGAGGAUAUGGUUGCAUUUUCAUGUUGUGAGUAUGACGGUGGGGCAGAGGAGAAACUUGAAAUGGAUAUUGCUCGUGAAAGGAGUUGGCGAGGUAAAUUCAGAAGAAAGCAUAGGAUAAUAAAGCCUGGUGCAAACCGAGUGGAUGGAAGAUGUCCUUUGACUCCAUUGGAGGUAGGAAUGAUGCUUAGAGGCAUGGGUUUCGAUAAUACAACCUUAGUAUAUGUUGCAGCAGGAAAAAUUUAUAAAGAACAAAAGUACAUGGCACCACUUAAACAGAUGUUUCCACGAUUACAAACAAAAGAUACACUGGCAACUCCAGAAGAGCUUGCGCAAUUUAUGGGCCAUUCAUCUAGGUUGGCUGCUCUUGAUUAUACUGUUUGCCUUCAUAGUGAAGUAUUUGUUACAACUCAGGGUGGAAAUUUUCCUCACUUCUUGAUGGGUCACAGGAGAUAUAUGUAUGAUGGGCAUGCAAAGACAAUUAAACCCGAUAAGAGAAGAUUGGCUCUAAUAUUUGAUAAUCCUAAUAUGGGAAGUAUUCAAACAACAAAUGGAAGACAUGCUUCACCAUAGUGAUCAAAAGGGAACCGAGGUAAAAAAGGCUGCUGGUUCCCUAUAUACUUUUCCCAUGCCAGAUUGCAUGUGUAAACAGGUAGAACCCAAAAAUGAAAAUGCUAACACUGGGAAAUAUUUGAAAUUAUAAUGUAGAAGAAUUGUCUUUAGGAAAUCAAAUUAAUUGUUCAAUAGAUGUAAUUUAUAUCUGUACCAUCAAGUUUGAAUUAAAAAAGAAAAGUAGUUUGAUUCAAACUUGAAGAAAAGCCACGUCACAUCAUAAACUAAGGCUUCAAUUUAUUUUUUCCUUUUCUUUGAUUUAUUAGUAAAAUUAGCUGGGAAAUUAUAAUUCUUUGUACAUGAGAUUGUUGUAACCCAAGGCAGACUUGCACCUGAUUAUGAAGAUUCAUUUUUGGAGGACUGACGAGCUUUGUGACUUCUAAGUUACUAAACCAAGCUGUUUAUUUAACCAGUGAUAAAAGAAUAGAACAAUUGGAUGCUAUUGUUGCUCAGAUGGUUCAUUUCCCUCAUGUCAUGUGCAGAAAUAGUUUUGAAAUAUUAUUUUUGUAUUGUAUAAUAAUUAGUCAUUGUAGAAACUGUUGCUGAUGAGUAGUGGGUGAGCCGAUUAUACCAUUUGAAAGAUUUACCAUAAAUAAGAAGUGUGAAAUUGUGGUAGUGUGUAACCUUCUUUAUCCUGGGUAGUGUUUUCGGUUUUGAUGUGUUAUUGCUAUCUUUUCUGUACGAAUACAUAAAGAUCUUCUGGAGAAAUUAGUCAUUUCUCUAUAAGACUCUCUUCAAAUA